CGGAGCCGGGCUCUCGCAACCCAAGAUGGCGGAUGAGAGUGAGACAGCAGUGAAGCUGCCGGCACCUUCACUGCCGCAGAUGAUGGAAGGGAACGGAAACGGCCAUGAGCACUGCAGCGAUUGCGAGAACGAGGAGGACAACAGCUACAACCGGGGUGGCUUGAGUCCAGCCAAUGACACUGGAGCCAAAAAGAAGAAGAAGAAACAGAAGAAGAAGAAAGAGAAAGGCAAUGACACAGAUUCGGCCCAGGAUCAGCCUGUGAAGAUGAACUCUUUGCCAGCAGAGAGAAUCCAGGAAAUACAAAAGGCCAUUGAGCUGUUCUCAGUGGGUCAGGGACCUGCCAAAACCAUGGAGGAGGCCAGCAAACGAAGCUACCAGUUCUGGGACACACAGCCAGUCCCCAAAUUGGGUGAAGUGGUAAAUACCUAUGGGCCAGUGGAACCUGACAAGGACAACAUUCGCCAAGAGCCCUACACUCUACCCCAGGGCUUCACCUGGGAUGCCUUGGACCUGGGAGACCGUGGUGUGCUGAAAGAACUCUACACCCUCCUGAAUGAGAACUAUGUGGAAGAUGACGAUAACAUGUUCCGAUUCGAUUACUCCCCAGAGUUUCUCCUGUGGGCCCUCCGGCCACCUGGCUGGCUCCCACAGUGGCACUGCGGGGUUCGAGUAGUCUCAAGUCGGAAACUGGUUGGAUUCAUUAGUGCCAUCCCAGCAAACAUCCACAUCUACGACACAGAGAAGAAGAUGGUGGAAAUUAACUUCCUGUGCGUCCACAAGAAGCUGCGCUCCAAGAGGGUCGCUCCAGUCUUGAUCCGCGAGAUAACCCGGCGGGUCCACCUGGAGGGCAUUUUCCAAGCUGUUUAUACCGCGGGAGUGGUAUUGCCAAAGCCUGUUGGCACCUGCAGGUACUGGCAUCGGUCCCUAAACCCUCGGAAACUGAUUGAAGUGAAGUUCUCCCACCUGAGCAGAAACAUGACCAUGCAGCGCACAAUGAAGCUGUACCGACUGCCGGAGACCCCUAAGACAGCUGGGCUACGACCAAUGGAGAAGAAGGACAUUCCAGUGGUGCAUCAGCUGCUCACCAGGUACUUGAAGCAGUUCCACCUCACGCCGGUCAUGAGCCAGGAGGAGGUGGAGCACUGGUUCUACCCCCAAGAGAACAUCAUUGACACUUUUGUGGUAGAGAACGCGAAUGGUGAGGUGACUGAUUUCCUGAGCUUUUAUACGCUUCCCUCCACCAUCAUGAACCAUCCAACCCACAAGAGUCUAAAAGCUGCUUAUUCCUUCUACAACGUCCACACCCAGACCCCUCUUCUAGACCUUAUGAGCGAUGCCCUUGUUCUAGCCAAAAUGAAAGGGUUUGACGUGUUCAAUGCACUGGAUCUCAUGGAGAACAAAACAUUCCUGGAGAAGCUUAAGUUUGGCAUAGGGGACGGCAACCUGCAGUAUUAUCUGUACAAUUGGAAGUGCCCUAGCAUGGGGGCUGAGAAGGUUGGGUUGGUGUUACAGUAACCAGUUGCCAGUGCAGAGAAUUCAGACCAGGAAGCGGAACCCCACCACUUGUCGGUCCAGCUUUCACAAAUGUGAGAUUUCUGGCAAACAGAACAGAACUGAACCGGCUUUAUCAAACCGCCAGCGAACUUGACAAUUAUAUUGCAAUGGCGUAGGCUGCGUGAUGUCACCUUUGGCCAUGUUUCUGGUCUCCCUGUUUUCAGUGAAUAGCAUCCUCGUGCAGCCGUGAUCAAGGGAAUGUAACUGCUGAACCUAGCUCGUGAUUGGCAUAUUAUGGAGUUAACGGGUGAAUAAUAAAAGUAUAUAUAUUAUAUAUAUAUAUAAAUAUUUUAAAUAUCUUUCAUGUUCCAUGUACAAGGAUGUUGGUCUCUAAUGAAAAAAGAAGCUGAAUCCAGUCAUUCUAUAAAAUUCGAGCCCAAGGACAGUGGCAGACAGACAUGUAUGGCACAGUUACUGUUUCUUCAGAAGCAGGUGGCUGUUCUUGGGGAGCAGGAGAAAGGAGAUCUAGGGAGCCUCACCCAGUCCCCCUUUGGAAUUGGCUGCCUGGCUGGCUUUGAACAAGAAGGGAAGGUGGAGGGGCUGCUAGCUCAGGAGAGGGCUUGUGUCUCCAGGAUGGUAGGACAAGCUCCUGGGGUGGGCUGCCCUGGGAAGAGGCCAGACUACUGCAUUCUGAGACUAGGAAGUGGUGACAAUCAUGGAAACAGAUUUCCUUAAUCGAGUCCCUCUUCCACCUCCUGGACCGUCUCCAGUAGGAGAUGAUCCGACCAAGUGAUUUUAAAGGCUUUUGAGCCGGCUGGUGCCAACUUUCCUGGCACGCGUUCCUUGUGAGACUUGGCCUUCACCACCUAGGAUGGUCGGCUAUUUCAAAGGGGCCUUGGACCUCUUUAUAGUAUCUGGAUCUUGUAGAGACCGUGUCAGUGCAAGCUGUCAUCUUGGUGCAAAGAGAGAGUAUGCCAGGGAGGCUGAGCAGGGGUAGUGUGGUGAUGCCCAGGCCCUCCAGCCCCUGCCUGUGCCUUCGCACCCAUUCGCUGUCUCCUUUCCAGGAUGUACAGCCCACGGUGGCUGCAAGAAACAGUCACUAGAGACGAUCUAGACUUGGCACAUCACCACUUUCUGAUUACCACCAGUGCUGUUGUGUGCAUUUUUGUGGUGGCAGUGAUGGUUAUUGAUGCUGUCAGCUCCUCCAGAGUGAUCAAGCCCCUGAGCACAUGGCUGCCCAUGUGGGCAUUCUACAGUGGGGUUCAGCCAGGUGGCCUAGGAGGACUGGGCUGUACUGUCAGCAAGCCACAUCCAGCUCCUUGUAACCUGUGCUCUAGGAGAAAGCCCCAAAUGAUAUGUAGUGGGGGUUUCCUUACUCUUUCACCUCUUAGCAUCUUGGGGGCGGGUGUGGGGGGAUCUUGUAGGGGAAAGAAGCCUUAGCCACGAGCCAGGUUCAGCCUUGUCCCCUGAACUGAAACUGUUCUGCGGGCGAGCAGGGGUUUUGCGUCAGGCUGCGACUUCUACAGAAGCUACCGCUGCAUCUCCUUAGCUGAAGGGAAUGUGUGCUUGGGAUGCUGCCUGCUUCGUAGACUGCUGCUGUGGGCAGAAGCUCUGCUGUGGGGUCCUCAGAGGGCUCUAGGACCCUUCUUCCUGUCGCUGUCCUGUGCUGCGAACUGCAAGUGCCAGCGAAGGGGGCUGACUUGUGACGCCAAGGUACUCAGACCAAAGAAGCCGCUGCUCUUGGCAAAAUGUGCACUGAGUUCUACAGAUGGGAGGAGUCAGAGAGGCAGGGGCUCCCUCAGCCUCAUAGUCAUCAGAUGCGGUGUUCUAAGUGCCCGUACUCCUAAGGAACAAAGCACUCCAGUCUUUCCUACUUGGGCGGGCCUGGAAUGUGGAAAGGCCUCCUCUCUUCAUCUUCAUCAGUUGGGAACCAGCUCUCAGCUCAAAUUGCCUCUGAGAUUUGGGGUAUACAAAUCUGGAGUGAGCUUUGGUUUCAUUGACCCCGUCAUGGAACAAAACAGUGAGUCCCAGGGGCUGCCCUGGAAGAAACCGAUCCGCCAGCAACAACUCUGUCCCCAGAACCAGGUGACUUGCUCUGCUUCUGCUGCUGCCUCAUGAUGGGCGCCCUGCCCGGGUCUGCGGGAGUUGGCUCAGGGUUGUUUUUAAGUCUUGUUUUUAUCCAAACUGUCCUGGUGUCUUCACUCAACCCUCAUGGGAGCAGGGGCUAAAGAGCACCGUCAUGGGGGUCAAAGCUGCUCCACAGUCUUAGAAGAAUGGCAGCCCUAUGACUGGCUUGAACCAAACAAGAAGGGCCCUGGGGCCACCAAGCUGACCUGUCUCAGUCAGCCACUAUUAGAAGGCCUCUGUGGGCCUGGUCCCAGCCCUCCAUCAUGUCUGAAGACCUUCCCUCCCUGCCUUUGGAUUGGCUCUACCAUGAAUUCCAGUCUGUAGGAAGUGAGCUGGGUAGAAAAGCCUUAACCCUGGUCUGAGGCCUCCAUGGGGCUCACUCCCCAUCGUGCCUGUGUCUGGAGCUGUUGGCGUCUGAAGGUUGACUCACACCGAGCUCUAACACUUUUUUUUAAUGGAAAAUUUCAGGCCUUGCCCUUCUUUUUGCCAUUUGUCCUCCUUACAUGCUGGCAUUCUGAAGCAGGUGUCUUUGUGGUGUUGAAUUCUGUCUCCAAAGAUGACCAGCAUUAAACCAACCUGGGGGCCUAAAGGCCCUGGACAGUUUUCAUUGGCCUGUCUACAGCCUAAGAGAGAGAGACUCUCAGGUCAGGAAAGGGAAUUAGAGUGUCUCUUGUGGCAUGGUCGGCCUGCCCUGGAACCAGAGGAGACCUGUCCUGUCCUGCUGCAAAACGCAAGCCGGUCUCCAGACACUCACCUAAGGAGAUUUAGGACAGUCUCAUUGACUUAGACUGACUGAGUGGCAAGCAGGUGCUGCAUCUGGGGCCAGAGAGAGGGCUUCACUUUUGUUUUGGCUUUUCUUUGGGCUGUACUGGGGGCGUUCAU